CAACAAUCACGCUACCGAAGAUUAGAACUACUCCCGGGCCUCCGCUUGACUUCCUCGUAUCUCUCCCAGGUCGAUGGGGAAGUUGGCCUCGUCGCCUCGUCGCCUCGAUUGAACAGCUAGAUCACCUCGAUUGAGUAGCUAGAUUGCAUUCGCUCGCUGACACGAUGGGUCUGCUGUCUAUUCUUCCAGCCAGUUUCUCUACUGUCGAGACAUGGCUCACGCGGGUAUUCCUGAUCUUUGGCAUCGUAUUGAUCGGUCCAUGGGCCAUACUCGUCGUUUAUGACCUGGUCCUUUACGUCUUCCGCGCUGCUACCUACGAGCUGCCAGUGGUCGGUGGCCGUGCUCGAGGCAAAGCACGACCGCGCGCACCGAGCCUCACAGCACGACCGAACGGGCAUCGCAGAAGAUUCAGCCUGGCGCGGCCAAAGGAAGACACAGGAAGCAGCACAGCCGCUGCGGGGCCGGAUGUGCCGGAAGCUCGGUCUCGACAGGCAAACGGAGACCCCGACAGUGGCUCUGGUAUAUGAUAAAACAACGUGGCUUCAGCUGUUGUAAUCGCUUUGAACAAAAGCUGCCGAGUGCACGCGAACGAAUUUACGGCCGGCGAUCAUACUAGAAACGUCUUGCGCUCUCCAGCCUGACAACGCGCAAGGAAUUCAAUUUAUUUGACUGCAUCAGAGCCAUUGAUUGCUUGUCGAUGGAUGAUGGAGGCAGUCAACUGGCACUGACCUGA